UUCUAAUUUUUUAAAGUUGGUCUUGUAAGAGUUGGAGAAUUUUAGUAUGUAUGACCUUGGCCUUGUUGCACACACACACAAAAAAUCCCAAUACAAAUUGGCGGUGAACGUCCAAUAGAUAGGCGGGGAAAACGAAAACCAAGAGGCGCCAGGCUCACGCACACCAACCAGCCGGUGUUCUGACGCGUGACACCGGGCGUAGGGCGAUUCUCUCAUUCUCUGGCAGGAAGUAAUUACGUGUGGUCCAGCUACAUAUAGAACGGGGAGCACGGCGCUCGCCCAGCACCCAGCACCCGCUAUAUAUUGACCCUCUCAGGUAGUCCAAGUCCAGUACGCCAUUGGUCAAAGUCCCCUUUCUUCGUCUCCGGCCACCUCCUAGUCCCAGUCUCCCAGGUGAGCCUUCCUACCCCCCUGGCCAGGAACAUGAAUGGGUGGGAGAGGACGCUGAUGAAUCAGGUGGGCAGCGCUGGCCUUGGCGUUGGCGGCUCCGGCGGGAUGCGGCCGUGGCAACCGCAGAUGCAGGAUGUGGUGGGCCAUGCCGCGGCGGCCGAUCCCCAGUUUGUGAGGCUCCGGGACAACGCCCGAGAGAAGAUAUUGGAGUUUUUGCACACGUUGCAAUUGCUGCCUCUCUGGCGGCCGCGUCUCCGGGCGCUUGCGAGGCGGCUCGAGGAAAUCUUGUUUAGUAAAUACCCAAACAAGAUGGAGUACCAUAACAUGACGAGGCGACCAAUGCAACCAACUAUGAUGUUUGCUAUCAAGACCUACACCGCUCAGAACCGACAAUACCGACAAAACCAACAAUCGUUAAGACAGAUAGCAUCUUCUUCCCCUGGCUAUGGGGCGAUGAAUCUGACAUCCAAUAUCAUGCAAGGUGCGAGUGAAAAUUCUAGAGUGUCUUAUGUGACUGGCAAUGUUGGCUCUUUGUCAUCUAGUGCACACAUAGUUCUGCAUAGUGCCAACAUGGAUACCUCGCUGCCAGAAGGAGAUUCUCUUGGGCAUGUGAACACAAUGCUUUCACUAGGGAUAACCCCUACACGACAUGAUCUUUCUGGAGCGUCCAUCAACAACCUGUUAACACACAAUCUGGAUACACGUGAAUCCAACCGAUUCUCUCCCAAGGUGGCGCAGGCACGCCCAGCGCCAAUGAAGGAUCUCCCAAGGGAACCAAAGUUCACCUGUCCAGUCUGCAUCAAUGAGCUGGUCGAUGCAUCGUCUACUAUCUGCGGCCACAUCUUCUGCAAGAAAUGCAUAGAGGCCUCCAUCCGAUUUCAGAAGAAGUGCCCUACCUGUCGUAGGAGGCUGACCUUGAGAAAUUUCCACCGCAUCUACCUCCCGGCGAUGGAUUGAGCUGAUCCAGCCAUUCUGGGCGUGGUGGAGCAUCAACACCCGACCCUUCCUCCUCAACGGCAUUUUUUUUAUUCUGUCCGAACUAUUCUUCAUGGUGUUAUCACUAGAAUCCAAUUUUUGCUCAACGAUUUAAUAGGUGCUCGACACAUAGUGAACAGACUUUUAAUCUGCAUCCUUGGUGGUAAAGGAUACCGUUCUCGUGGGAAUUUGAAACA